AAAAAUUGUUUAUUUUUGUAACUGAAAAAAGGAUUGUUAUUUAUUUAUUUUGAUUUUAAUAUUUGAAAAUAAUGGAAGAUACCAAUGAUUCCGUAUUUGAUCUAAUAACUAGCCUGUGCGAGAAGUUUUGUGUGAAUGAUUCACGAAAGGCCCGUAUAUUGCGUUCUAAUUGUUAUGAAUUAUUAUUGGGAAAAAAAUCCUAUAAGAAUCCUAGAAAGUUUAAUGAUUUAGAAGGUUCCAGUGACCCUGUUAUAAAUUUACAAGCUUGGUGUUAUACUUUAAUAAAUAAUUAUGAUUUUGCUGAGGAAGCAUUAGAGUUACAGGAACAUACAGAGAAAUUAAAAGCAUAUUAUAGCAAUGAUGUUUCUAGUUUUAAUAGUCUUCUAACAUUUCUGUUAUGUCUCAAAAAUAUACCAAAAAAGGACAGUAAGAAAUUGAAUUUGUCUACUCUUCCUGAAAUUGAUGAUGAAAUGUUAAAUUUAAGUAGCAUAUUUAAAUUACCAGCAUCCCUACAAAAUGAAGCUAAUAUGUCAAGUAUAUUUAAGUUAGAUGAUAAAAUGAAAAGGAUAAGUUCUGACAAACUUCACAAUUCAUUAAAAGAUACUCGAGUAGAAUCAAAUAUAUUUCAAGAUGAAGGCUAUUCUUCCCCACAGAAACAGAAUAUUUGGGAUGUGGUAAUGAGCACUCGGUAUUCAAAUAGAAAGAGUUGGGAAAGUUAUGGCUGUGGCGUACCUGACAAAGAAAGACCCUUUUUAUCAGAAUUGGGAGAACUUUCUUCACUUUGGGUAGAGAAUCUAGAAUCACUGUAUCUAGCUAAUAAUAUGUUCCCUAGUUUUACCAUUAUUACUAACAAAAUGAAACCAAAGAAACAUUUUAUUCGAGAUUUAAAAUACCUUUUAGUUGGUAUGCCUUCAGAGACUUUUAAUCUUAAUUCCCGCGAGGAAUUUUUCCUCUCAUCUGGUAUGCUGGUGGAUGGAAUUACACCAGAUGCAAUAGAAAGAUAUUCCAGUGAAUUUCUAUUUUCUGGAUCGUGCUAUAGAGCUUUAAAACAAAUGGUUACGCCAGAUCCUACAACCAGAAAAUAUAAACAUUCUGGUUAUGUUUUUACCGAAUUUUGUGAAAGCUUGGCUAGGUAUCUGCAAUUUUAUCGGACUGCAGUAAUUAGUAUACCAGAUGUUACAAACUAUCUAACAUUUUAUGAAAAAACACAUGAGUUACAAAGACAAAUAUUAACUUUGACAUCUAUUUGCAAAGUGGGACCUUAUGCUUGUGAUGCUGUAGAGAUGCCUCAUGGGGUUGCAUUGUUAAAUUACUUAUAUCAAAAAGUAUUAGAUGUUAUUGACAAGAAUCUCUCUAUGGUACUUUAUUCUAUUUUAUAUCCAUGUUGUCAAACAUAUUUUAGUCGAUUUUUGCAUCAGUGGAUACUAAAAGGUUCAAUUAAUGAUCCCUAUGGAGAAUUUUUUAUUACUUCUAAUGUGAAAUUUCUUUCAACCAGAGGAAGAACUUAUUGGACUAGAAGUUAUGAAAUAAGGCAGGAUUUGGUACCUGAUUUCCUGCUGGAUAUAAAAGGUUCUAUUUUGUUCUGUGGAAGAAUUAUUAAUUUAUUGUAUUUGUGCACGCCUAUGAACAAAUUAUGUAUUUAUCUCAUGGGUAAAAACCCUUUAUUAUUCUCUUGUUGCCUAUCACAUACCCAGUUGAAUCAGCUUGAACAAUGCUGCGCAAGAUACUUCUUAGAAGCCAGCACUGAAUGUGGUUCCAAGUUUAGCUUUAAAAAUACAAUUAGCAGAUCUUUAGAGGACGAUAUUGCUUAUGUGAACCUGAUUGCAAAAAGGAGAGCUAUUACAUUAAAAAGAAUAGAAUUGGAAAGACAGAAAGUUAAGCAGGAAGAGUAUGAGAGAAAAAUGGAAGAAUUCAUGAGCUUGAAGGAACAAUAUGAAACUGCGUUUGAGCAAAAGCAAUUAAAAAUUUACAGGGAAAUAGAGAAGGAAAUUAAACAUAUGCAAGAGGAAAUAGAAAUAGAGACAAUGAGAGAUAAUUUAAUUUCAGAGGAAGCGAAUAAAAUGAUUAAUUAUUAUUCUGAACUAUAUGAAGCUGUAGAGAACCGAAAUAAAAAAAUUAACAGCUACAUGAAUAACAUUAAAAAUAUUCAUAUAGAUUCUUUACUAAUAGAUAAAGACAACCUAAAAAACUCUACUGAAACUGACAAACAAAACAGCUCUUCAGAGAGUUUUUAUUCCAUACCAGAUGACACUGAAAAUAAAAUGGAAACUCUAGAAGAACCAAAGCCAGUCGUUCAUAGUUCUGAAUCUAUGGAUCUUUUGAACGCCAACGUUGAAGGAAAUAAGACAGAAAACCCUAUAGAAACAGAAUUUAAAACGACCAUUAAAGAAACACAAACACCUGUAGAUGCAGAGUUAAAAACAACCAAUCCAAAUCUGCAACAAACUAUCGAGAAUUUUCAGUUGGCGCGAAAGAUCAAACAAAAAGUUUUGAAUCAGGAAAUGGGUAUAUCAACUUUCUUCUGUCAAGAUGUGAAACAGGUUGAAUUGCAUCCCCAAAUAAGUAAUUUGACAGCAGCGCAAAGAAACAAACUGAAGGUUUUGUCGUCCGAGUUUGGAAUUGAUGUUAUUAAGGAACACGUCAAGACUGAUAGGGUUUUGACGAUGGCGCAAAUUAAUAGGUCGAAAAUUUUGGGGCAUCAAGAUACCGUAUUCGGUAAUUUUUCAGAGGCGAGACUGGAUAAUGAGAAUUUUGUUAAUAAGAAUGAAAAGAAUAGUGAUAACACCUUAAAUGAAGCAAAGGCACCGAGUCCAAUAAAAAAAUCAAAAUCUCUACAUUUAAAUUUUGAGAAGAGUAAUUCGAAAGUGGAUUUGGAUAAGCCAGUGCCAAUGUCAGUGGAUUCCACGCCUUUAAGUGAUUUACCUGUGCUUGCCACCCCAUUAAGUGAUUAUCCCAGAAGCGUAACACCCAGUAGCAUGUUUUUGAGCGUUGAAACGAAAAUGGAUAGUUUACCUAAUACAGCUGAUGUCCAGCGUAGUAAUACCUCGUUUAGUUAUGUUAGUGACAAUCAGUUCGGUAACAUAAGUUAUCAUUAUAAUAAGAAGUCUGAAGAUCACGGUUCUAUCAAAUUUUCAAAAAGAGUAACUAGAGAGGAAGCAAAAACUGUAACAAAAAAUUGUCUUAAAUUGCUUUUGCAUGAAAGCGUCUCCAUACCUUUACUGACUCAGUUGAAGUUAGCAAACAACGAAAUAUUGAAGUAUUUUAUUGAAGAAUUAAAGUACUUAAAACACUUAGAGAGUCUCAGGUCGUAUUUUUUUCUCCAAGAUGGCGAAUUUGGCAGGAACAUUACUGAAAAUCUGUUUGAAAAAUUGUAUAAUGCUAAUUUUCCUUUGGAGUUAAUUAAUUGUAGAACUUUGCAGCAUUUAGUUUUCAGCGCAUUGGAUAAUUCCAGUAGAUUUCAAGAGAACUCUAACUAUCUUUCAUUCAAAAUUAAUAGUUUGCCGAAAUGUUUCGAUUUGGGCGAUCCGGACGUUUUAGAUUGCCUGUCGUUGACGUACAAAGUGAAAUGGCCUCUUAACAUUUUGCUUCCGUCUGACACGGUGUCAAAAUACGAUCAAGUUUUUAAAUUUCUGGUAAAACUAAACAGGGUGUCGUGGGUAUUGAAAAAAAUAUUUUUAGAACUGAAAGUACUGGCAAAAGAAACCGGCAAAAAGGAAAUAUAUUUGAUGUCUUCACCUCAGUAUAGAAAGUUACAUCAGUGUCGACACGUUAUGUCACAUUUUAUGCAAACCUUUCAGAACUAUAUCGUCGGUGAAGUGCUUCAACCUAGCUGGGAAUUGUUUGAAAGAAGCCUGGAACAUGUAACCAAUCUUGAUGAACUCUAUUCAGCUCACAUUACUUACAUCAAGAACAUAUUAUUUAGGUGUAUGCUUAAUCAAAAGUCAGUGGCUCUCAGGAACAUAAUCCAAAAGAUUUUUAUAGUUAUGAUUAAGUUUUACGACUAUCUCAGAUCCAGACAUUGGGUUUGUGAAGAUGGAUUGUAUGUCCAUCCGAAUUUCAGUAAACUGGAUAAAAUUUUCAAAAACUUUGAAGAUUUUGUUGUAUACUUUUUUAAAGUUGCCCAAAAAGUAACAAAGAGUGGAUACCAGCCUUUUUUAAUUCAAUUUUUAGAUGUUCUUAAUGUUAAUGAUUAUUACUCAAAGAAGUUGCUUAAAAAUACUUAAAUAAUUUACGCGCUUGUUAUUUAUUUUGCUGUUAAUGUUUUUAAAAUUAUUUAUUAAAAUA